AGCCGCGGCGGCAGAGAGGCGGGAGCCGAGAGCCGCCCCGCGCGGAGAGUUGGGCAGGGGAGCGCCCGCGCCUCCGCGGCGUCAUGGGCUCCCUUCCCGGGCCACAGCGGGCACCAGCCGCAGGAACCCCCGGGCCUCCUCGCGGCCGAGCCUGAGCGACCCUCGGGUUCUCCGGCGCCCUCUCCCUCCGCCCUGUUUUUUUCCCUGCUCUCGCCGCCGCUGCCGCCUCAGCUCACCGUUAUGGCAACGGAGCCGCCAUCCCCUCUCCGGCUUGAGGCGCCCGGCCCCCCAGAAAUGCGGACCCCACUGGAGAGCGAGACCGCCCCCGAGGGCACCCCGAAGCCGGCGGGCGGCAGGCUCCGCUUCCUCAACGGCUGCGUGCCCCUCUCGCAUCAGGUGGCCGGCCACAUGUACGGGAAGGACAAAGUGGGUAUAUUGCAACAUCCAGAUGGCACAGUUUUGAAACAAUUGCAGCCGCCUCCAAGGGGUCCAAGAGAGCUGGAAUUUUAUAAUAUGGUUUUUGCUGCUGAUUGUACUGAUGAUGUUCUUUUAGAGCUACGAAAAUAUUUGCCAAAAUAUUAUGGCAUCUGGUCACCUCCUACUGCACCAAAUGAUUUAUACCUAAAACUGGAAGAUGUGACCCAUAAAUUUAAUAAGCCCUGUAUAAUGGAUGUAAAGAUAGGGCGGAAAAGCUAUGAUCCUUUUGCUUCAUCUGAGAAGAUUCAGCAACAGGUCAGCAAGUACCCAUUAAUGGAAGAGAUUGGGUUCUUGGUGCUUGGCAUGAGGGUUUAUCAUGUUCAUUCUGAUAGCUAUGAGACAAAAAACCAGCACUAUGGAAGAAGCUUAACAAAAGAAACUCUAAAGGAUGGAGUCUCCCGUUUUUUUCAUAAUGGAUUCUGCUUAAGAAGAGAUGCUAUUGCUGCCAGUAUUCAGAAGAUUGAGAAAAUUCUCCAGUGGUUUGAAAGCCAGAAGCAGCUUAACUUUUAUGCAAGUUCAUUACUAUUUGUUUAUGAAGGUUCAUCUCAGCCAACUACUACAAAAUUGAAUGACAGGACUUUGGCAGAAAAGUUUUUGUCCAAAGGACAGCUCUCAGACACAGAUGUACUGGAGUACAAUAAUAACUUUCAUGUGUUAAAUUCUACAGCAAAUGGAAAAAUAGAAGCUUCAGUGGGUAAAAGCUUGUCCAAAAUGUACGCUUGUCACAGAAAAAUGUAUUCAAAAAAGCAUCACAGUCAGACUUCAUUGAAGGUUGAAAAUAUAGAGCAAGACAAUGGGUGGAAAAGCAUGUCACAGGAGCGUUUAAAUGGAAAUGUACUUUCCCAACUGGAAAAAGUUUUCUACCAUCUUCCCACUGGUUGUCACGAGACUGCAGUAGAAGUGCGAAUGAUAGACUUUGCUCAUGUGUUCCCUAGCAACACAGUAGAUGAGGGGUAUGUUUAUGGGCUGAAGCAUUUAAUUACUGUACUGCAGAGCAUAUUAGACAAUUGAAUCUUUUGCUGCAGUCUUUUAAAGGGGUGGGGCAAUCAUAAUGAAGAGCAGCAGUUAAUAACUCUGCACUUGUAAUGCUGUGUAAAAAAUUUGUAUUGUGAGUCUACAUUUUGUCUUUAUACUUUUGGUAGAAGAGUUAACUUUUUUAUAAUCUUACUCAGGAAAACUAAUUAUUUGUUCAUUAGAAAACUAUAAAGAGUAAAGAAACUUAGGAAUGUUAUGCAGGGAAUGUGGUGGUACGUGGCUUAAAUGUCUGUUGGCUCAAGCAAAAUGCAAACCAUUAUUCAAUCAUAAUGAGUUUAGUUUGUUUUCUGUAGCCAUUUAUCAUGAAACCUCUGUCCACCCGGCCACAGUGAGCCAUAUCUAUAACUCAUUACAUUAUUAGAACACUUUAAAAAAUGUAGAAAGCAUAGGCUGAUAUCCUUAGUAUUGCUAUGUAUGAAGUUAUUAAAACUGGAGAAAAUUCUACAGAAAAAAAUUACUCUUUAGGUUUUGUAUUAAAAGUUCAAACCAGCAUAUCAAAAGGUGCUUCUUAGUAAAAUGAUUUAGAAUUACUGCAUUCCAAAAGCAGAUUUUUUCCUUUCAUUUUCACUUAUAUACAUACUUCAUGAAAAAGAUCAUUGAAAUGGAUAAAAACAACAACAACAAAAGUCUUGAAAUUAAGGGCACUUACUAGUCUUGCCAAGGUUAGGGAAAAGUGAAGCUAUUUGCAAGGAACAAAAUAUUUUUCUUUGAAAAUGUUUAAUUUAUGGGAAAAUUGGAAUAUGUAUUUACUGCAUUGUGACAAGUAUUUAUAAACCAUAAAAUAUCUUGCCUUUUACUCUGUAGCUUCAAAAAGAUGGAUGACUGAAGCUCUUUUUAUUUCCCCUUUAAAUAACUCAUUUUGAAGUUUUUCUUUUAUAAUUCAUGUAUUUAUAUGUCCCCAUUUAGUUAAGCACUGGUAUGACUGUAUGCUACUAAAAAGUGUUUCUCAGAAUUCUAAUAAGCAGUGAAGGGCAACAUUCAGUUGUCAAAAAUACCAAGUGUAAAUUAGCAUGUCAUACAGAGCUUGGUGCAUAUCUAAAUUCAUGCUUCUGUUUCAUUCUUACUCAAAACAGUUUUAUAUCAUAUUCAAGAAAGAUUAUAAUUUAAUUUCAUGAAGGGGGCAGUGCUAAUUUUCUUGAAAAAAGUAGAUCUGUAAGUAUUAUCUCUAUUUCACAUUCACCACCUUUAAAAAAAAUAGCUAUUAUCAGAAACAUUUAAAAUUUUGAACUUAAAUUUGCAAAAAUGUUUGUUUUCAUUGAACUUUGAUUCACUAACAAAAUGUCUUAAGUAGUUAACAGUCUUGUCAUAUUCUUGGAGGUUGUUUUAGAGUUGUGAACUGUUAGACUCUUCCCUUUCUUUCCCCCUCAGAAUUAAAAUACCCUUUUUUAGUGUGAAGGAAAGUAUCACAGUUUUAUCUCACCUUCCCAACCCUCUCUCUGAAUGUAGUUUUGCAAUCAUCUGAGCACAAAGAGAAGUAUGAAAUUAAUUCUAUGCUUAGUAAAUUUAUUAAGCUUGUACACCUUUAAAAUUCACAUGCAUUUACUAUAGCAAAAUUUGAUUAUCUUGCAUCUUUUAUUUAGGGUCAGUGUAGGUAUUUUCCAUAAGGACUUCAUAUUUUUGCCUAUUGCCUAAAUGGGUAUUGCUGUAGCUUUUUUUGUGGGGAUGAAAUUAAAGUCAUAGUGAAUAGAAAUUUUUCAGUUUUGCUUUUUUCAUCCUACAAUGUGGACUUUUGUUGUUGUUGUUACUUGGAUAGUGAUUCAGUAAAUCUUAAGCUCAGAUAAUUAAACACUAUUUUGAAUCUUAACAAGAUACUUUUUAGUAUGGGAUAGUAUCAACCUAUUACAAUGAGUUAAUAAAUUUAAGUAUUAUCAUAUUUUUUGUGCAUUUUAGCUCAAUAAAAUGUGAAUCUAUUGUUCUAGAUUUUCUUUAUCCAUAUUUAGAAAUAAUAGAUUUGUAAAAUCAGCGUCUUACCUUUUUGAUAGAUAAUGUUUUGUUUUCAUAAAAUGAGAAAUACUUUUAUCUUUUGUUCUUCAGGGAAGGGAUUCACAUUUUAUUCUGUUUACAUUUUUUUUUUAAUCACUGUUAUUCACUGCCCAUUUGGUGUUACUUUAUAAGUAAGCUUUCAUGUAAGAGAACAAGUAUUGGUUUGUGUUUAUCUACAUGUGACUCUUUUAUUGUCUAGUCCAGUCAUUUAACAUUAUGCUGAAAUUUACCACUGUGGGGAUGAAUGAUCACUAGUCACCAACCAUAUUUAAACAUUUAAAUGUUUAAGAAAUAAUAAGGAUAUAGUUUGGGUUAAUAGGAUUACCAUAGUUUUUUCUCCCUAGGAAUCAUAAAUAAUGAUUUUUGUGUAUUUCUUACGAAAUGCACUCAUGAAAAAGACUUUAAUUAUGGAUAGUGAAUAAUACAUUUCUCUAAUAAAAAUUUAAAUUGUAUAAUAGUUUUAUAAUAAAGUAUUUACAGUAAUCAGUAUUUUAAUAUGGAUGAAAGUUGCAUAGAUUCAGAUAAAUUUAAAAUUGAUGAUAAAUGCUAAAUAUUUUAUCUAAAUAGUUUUUCAAGAAACAGUUGUGAAAAUGUGUGUAUUAAAUGACUAAACUGGAGCAUGUGGUAUUUUCAACUCCGUAUUCAUUAUUUGUUUAAUGUGUCUGGAAAUUGUACUUACUGUGCCUCUUUACACUACAGUUUGCUGUUAUGGGGCUUUAGAUUGUGUUCAACUGAAUAAGAUCUUUUUUUGUGAUUUUAAUUGAGUAUAAUUUACUGUUUUAUGAUUUCCAAGAUGAUCUUCAUAUCUCUGUACCAUAUAUAUAUAUAUGUAUAUAUAUCAAAUUUAUAAUUUAACUUAAGAUAAAAUUAAUUUUCAGAGAUAUUUCAGUUGCAGUUUUCUUAUUUCAUGCAACUGAAAACUCUUUUGUUUCUAGGAUUUGGAAUAUUAAAGAACUUGUAGGAUGAAAAAAAAUGGUAGAACAAUGAAAAUUUUAUUUGUGAAAUUACAGAAAUUUUGUCCACUAUUUUAAAACAUUGUCAUCAUUUUAGUACCAUUUGCUCUUAGUAGUUUGGCAUUUAAUACUGUAAAACUUGAUUUGCUUUAAAAAUUGUUUACAGUGCUUUGUAAUAAUCUUCCUUAUCCAGUGCCUUUAACCUUGAUUUGAUAUAUUUGUAGCUUUGGUUAUCCUUCCUUACAUCAUGUCUUCAUAGCCUAGACUUAAAUUUAAAAAAAAAGUCAAUUUGGUCAAGUGAAGAAGUAGCAAUUAUCUGCCAAUGCUUUGGGAAAAUAAGUAAUGUUGUCUAUGGAGGCCAGGCAUCUUAGUUCAUUCAGAAAUAUAAAUGGGACAAACUUUUAACCCCUGAAUAUAUAGUUGUGAUCCAGUCAGACAAAGCCCUAAUAUUUCCAGCAUUCUCUCUAGAUUGACUGGGUUCAGGGCUAAAUAAAAAUAGAGAUACGGAGAAAUGCUUAUUUAAAGGUAAUAGUUAACUAACAUUCAACUUCAUGGAAAGAUAAGUAAUUGAGUUGAGAUGAAGCAACUAACAAUAUGUUAAAGGUUAAAAAUAAUAGUUUGCAGCAUUGUAACCUCUAUUUGACAUUUGAGUUCAGCUGUAAUUACUGAUAGCAUUAAAAGGCCUUAAUUUUUCUUGCUGGUAAAGGUACGUGUACUUAGGCUGAUCAUUUAGAGUAGUGUUUUAACAUAGUAUUACUGUGAAAAACAUUCCAUUACAAAUUCACAAGCAAAUUACUGCACAUUUUAAAAAUUGUACUUUUCAAUUUACUGCAAGUAUUUUAGGUCUCUGUUUUCAAAUCAUAGGUAUUUUAAUUUGGCAAUGAAUAUGAAAUUACUUUUUGACUUAAAUGAUCAUGUUACUAAAAUGCUUGUUAAUAUUUUAAGAAGGUUGGAAUCUCCAUGUUUUUGGAUUUAAUAUUUAAAUUCUUAUUACUUAUUUUGAUAGUAUUUAGUAAGAGAAAAUAGUACCCAUGCAAUUAAACAAAUUAGAAUAUACUGUAAAGAAUUUUUUUUUUAAUUGUUGAAAUUGGUCAUCACUGGGGUUAAAUUUUGGCCUGGUAUUCACUUACAAUAUACAUUAACACAUUUAAUUAUGAAGUAAAAUAGUCUUAAGUAUGAUGUAUGAUGCACCUAUAUAUAAAUGAAAAUGGUGUGCACAAAGACACUUUACUGUGGGAACUGAACUGGAAGAUUUAUGAAAGCAUGUGAAAUUGCACCUAAAAUUGUGUUGUUAGUGACUAUGCUAAAUUUAUUGUACUUGAUGAAUGAAUGUAUUUAGUCUAGUCAAAGUUACUUUGGUUUAAAUGUCUAAACAAUGUCUUUUUUUUAAAAAUGUGUAAUUUGUACUAUUGAUGAGGGGGGUAUUCUUGGACUGCAGGGGUUGUUGUCAGUGUGUGAUUUGUGUUUUUAUAGAGUCAUCUAAUGUGAUAUAUACCAAUUUUUAUAUAAGUGAUAUUUAGGUAAUUCUAAUAACUGUAUAUUUGACCACCUAUUAAAAUGUUUUGCAUUGGA